AUGACCUUCAAGAAAGCCCCUCAUUUAGAGGAGAUAGUCACUGAAGAUCUGAUGAUGAUGACCAAGUUGUACCAGCAUGUCCUUGCCUUGGCAUUUGCUGUGAACGAGAUCAAUAAGAAUGCCCGCCUUUUGCCCAAUGUCACCAUAGGUUUCCACAUCUAUGACAGUUACUACAAUGCAAGGAUGACCUAUCGGGCUAUGUUGGAUAUGCUUUCAAAAACACAGAGGUUCCUUCCCAAUUUCAAAUGUGGCCAACAGGAAAACAUCAUAGCUGUCAUUGGCGGUCUUAGCUCUACAAUAUCCUCACAUGUGGCAGACAUCUUAAGCCUCUACAAAAUUCCUCAGGUCACAUAUGGGUCAUUUGCCCAAGAGGAUACAUACCAAACCCUGUCUCCUUCCUAUUACCGCAUGGUCCCAGAUGAAUCCCAUCAGUAUAUCGGGAUCAUCCACUUGCUUAAAUACUUUCAGUGGAGAUGGAUCGGGAUCUUUGCUGUGCAGGACGAUGGAGGAGAUCAUUUCUUGCAGGCUUUGGAGUCAUUGUUCUUUCAGAAUGGACUUUGUUCUGCCUUCAUAGAAAGAACACCAAAUGUGGCGUUAUUUUUAAAUCUGUAUGAUAUUUUGGAGAUGAACAGGAAAUAUUAUCUGCUUCUGAAAGAAAAGAAAGCUAGAGUAUACCUGGUCCAUGGGGAUACAACAUCUUUCAUUUGGUUGGCCUACACUGUAGUAGAUUCUCUUUCUGAAGAGGAAGAACUUCAGCCUGCUGGAAAAGUGUGGAUAAUGACAGCCCAGAUUGACUUUGCAUUAGCAGGCUUUCAGGGGUUCUUGGAAUUGCAGAUGUUCCAUGGAACUAUUUCCUUAAACAUUCAUUCAAAUGAACUGCCGGAAUUCCAGAAAUACCUUCAAACCUUACAUCCUGGAGAGACAGAAGGAAACGGAUUCAUGAAGGUGUUUUGGGAGCAUGCCUUUGGCUGUUCAUUCCCAAAUCCAAGUGAGCUAAUCGAUGCUGACAGAACAUGUACUGGGGAGGAAAGGCUGGAGAAUGUUCCAAGCCUAUUCUUUGAAAUGGCCAUGACUGGCCACAGCUACAGUAUCUAUAAUGCUGUGUAUGCCAUUGCUUAUGCUCUUCAUGCCGCAGAGUCAACUAGAUCAAAGAUGAACAGCAAGAUGGGGAACAGAUAUCAUGAGCCUCAAGAUCUUCAGCCUUGGCUGGCACGGCCAAUCUCUUUAUGUAACUCCUACUGCCUUCUUGGUUACCACAAGGAAAAAAUAGAAGGGGAAAAAUUUUGUUGCUACACUUGUGUCCAAUGUCCAGAAGGAAAGAUGUCGAACCAGAAGGAUGCAGAAUAUUGCAUCACAUGCCCAGAAGAUCAAUAUCCAAGCAACGCACAAGAUCAGUGUAUUCCCCAAACUGUAACUUUUCUCUCUUACGAAGAACCUUUAGGGAUCACUUUAGCCUUGAUGGCUCUGUCGUUGUCCACGAUCACACUGCUGGUGUUGGGCAUUGUUAUUAAACACAGAGAUACACCUAUCAUCAAAGCGAACAACCGGGAGCUCACCUACGCACUGCUCAUCUCCCUUUUUCUCUGCUUCCUCUCUACCUUCCUAUUCCUCAGCCCACCAGGGAAGCUGACCUGUCUUCUACAACAACCAGCUUUUGGGAUCAUCUUCUCAGUGGCUGUUUCUUGCAUCUUGGCCAAAACCGUUAUGGUCAUGGUAGCUUUCAUGGCCACCAAACCAGGAUCUGGUAUGAGGAAGUGGGUGGGGAAAAGACUCGCCAAAUCCAUUGUCCUUUGCUUCUCUGCCAUUCAAGCCGGUCUCUGUACUGUGUGGCUAGGCACCUCGCCCCCAUUUUGGCAUUUGGAUAUGCACUCAGUGCCUGGAAAAAUCAUUGCAGGAUGCAAGGAAGGCUCAGUUCUCAUGCUCUUUCUAGUCAUGGGAUACCUGGGAUUCUUGUCUGUCAUCUCCUUCACAGUGGCUUUCCUGGCUAGGAAGUUGCCGGAUGUUUUUAAUGAAGCCAAGUUCAUCACCUUCAGCAUGCUGGUCUUUUGCAGCGUUUGGUUGUCUUUCGUCCCAUGCUACCUGAGCACCAAAGGGAAAUACACGGUGGCUGUGGAGAUUUUCUCCAUCUUAGCCUCCAGUGCUGGGCUACUUAGUUGUAUCUUUUUCCCCAAAUGCUAUAUUAUUCUGCUGAGGCCAGAGUUAAACAGUAAGGAUCAUUUAAUAAGGAGGAAGAAUUAUGGAAUGUCUCACUUGAGCAGACAUGCAUGA